CCCCAUGUUCAGAUGUGGAUGUGAGAAAAAGGCCAGCAACAAUGUGACAGACAACACAAACGCGCCGCUCCGACCAGCGAACGAGCGGCUCUCCGUGUUCUUCUGAGGCACACACACACACACACACGCACAGCUGCGGGCUCAGUGUGUGUGCAACAAGGCGAGCAGCACCAAAAAUGGACCGAGCACCACCACCACCACCAUCAUCAUCAUCAUCAUCUCCUUCAUCUGCCACUGAGGACCGACACAGUUUUUAAGGGUCCUUUUUAUAUCCUCGCACACACACGGACAUGAAGGAAUAGGAGCGUCAGUUGAGGCCCUCCAGCUGACUUCAGGGCAAAGUCGUGGCUGCGAGGCUUUGCUGCUGGUGGGCCAGUCGAUCAGGCGCGUGUGCGAGUGAGAGCUAAUGAAGUCCAGUAUGAGGCAGUGGCGGAGGCUGGUGCUGGCCGGGAUGCUGGCCUGGGUUCUCCUCUUCCUCGGCCUCCUCUCUUACUUCCUGGAUGCUCGCGUGGACGAGCCCCUGACCUCUGCUGGCUCUUUACUCUCCCAGCACCCCGACACUCGCCGCCUGGCCUCCAUACAGGCCUCCCAUCAACAACUCGCCCACAUCGGCUCCCGACCUGAACCGGCUUUGGCGGCGACGACAACCAACGCCGGGGACGAGCCAGAGCUGGAGCCCUCUGCCAGCCCCAUGACCCCAGAGUCCAGCCUGGAGGUGAGCCGCAGCCCCAACAGUGCUCCAUAUGUCACCUACGGUAGCCAGGAAGCCAGUCGCCAGGAUUACCUGGACCCCCAGAGCCUGGCUGCCUGGUCCUCCUUUGGCACAGAGAAUGUGGACUCUCACCCAGAUCCCGCGGUCCAGAGUCGCGAGAGAACAUCUCAGACCGCAGAGUAUCCGAACCACGUCAGCUCCGCACACCACCGCGGUGGUGCCGGUGGUGAGGAGGAGGAAGAAGAAGAAGGAGAGAAGGAAAAUGAAGAUGAAGACCUGCGACACAGAAUGAGAGCGGCAGCACACAGGAGGGCCGGCGGCGACUCCUCUGAUCUGGAGGAAUAUUACUUCUCAAAGUCGGUCUCUGUGGUGCAUCGGCUGUGGCGGGGCGACGUGUCCGCCAACAUGCUGAGUCCUCGGCUGCAGCGCUCCAUGAAGGACUACCUGAGCGCCAACAAGCACCACGUGUCCUACCAGGGGCGUCGCAAGGCCGCCCAGAGUGCCAAGGAGCUGCUGUGUCAGAUGAAAGCGCAGGCCCAGCUGAGGACGGUGGACGGCUCGGAGCAGCCCUUCUCCUCGCUCGGCUGGGCUCGCCUCGUGCCCUCGUCCCCGCUGGAGCGGCGGGAGCAGAGCAGGUUCAGGACGUGUGCCGUGGUCACCUCAGCCGGAGCCAUCCUGCGCUCAGGACUGGGCAAAGAAAUCGACACUCACGACGCAGUCCUGCGCUUCAACGCUGCGCCUACAGAGGGGUACGAGCGCGACGUGGGGAACAAAACCACCAUUCGCAUUAUCAAUUCGCAGAUCUUGGCCAAUCCUAAGCAUCGCUUCAACACGAGCUCCAUCUACAAGAACGUGACUCUGGUGGCCUGGGACCCUGCGCCGUACACCGUCAACUUACACAAGUGGUACACCAGUCCCGACUACAACCUGUUUGGUCCGUAUGUGGAGCACCGCAAGCUCCACCCCGACCAGGCGUUCUACAUCCUCCACCCCGGAUACGUGUGGCAACUCUGGGAUGUGAUUCAGGGCAACACUCAGGAGAACAUCCAGCCCAAUCCACCCUCAUCUGGCUUCAUAGGCAUCCUCCUGAUGAUGACGCUCUGCGAGCAAGUCCACGUCUACGAGUACAUUCCCUCCAUGAGGCAGACGGACCUGUGCCACUACCACGAGCGCUACUACGACGCGGCGUGCACGCUGGGCGCCUACCAUCCUCUCCUGUACGAGAAGAACCUGAUCCAGCGGAUCAACACGGGCCCCGAGAGUGACCUGAGGAGGAAGGGCCGCGUCACUCUGCCGGGCUUCAGCACCAUCAACUGUGACAUCUGAGAAACAUGGAACCUGACUGUGUUCACACUCGACAUGACGCAAACGCACUGGGCCUUUCCCCCCCCUCCGCCACCUGCCCCCCCCCCCCCCCUGCUGGCUGACUGAGGGAGAGGUGCAAUAAAGCCGCUGGAGACGCGAAGCCUGAAAACAACAAGAUCCGGAUCAGACCCAUGAAGAACAUAAGCCAUACUCCUCGAGGGAAGGAUCAGUGCGGAGGCUUCUGUAGGAACUUGUUCUUCAUCAAGAUGGUUUAACCGGACCGGAGACUUCCAGGAAACGUCUCCAACGUAGAUGAAAAAGAAAAAAAAAGAAGUUUCUCUCUGCUUUAGCUGAGCCACGUUAGCUGUGGAGCUGACUAGGGUAGCAACAGAUCCGUGUUUUUAGGUAGACAUGUGACUUUUCAAUAAGUGGGUGUGUUUCGACCGUGUACAAUGUGUGUUUUUCAAAUAGUAUGGAGUGGAUUCUCCACUAAAGGGAAAUGUCCACUUGUCACAGUGGAUAUUUGUGAUUUCUAUUUCAUUUUUUCCCCCCUUUCUUGCUGGUGCAACGGCAGCAACGACUGUAGCCGGCGCUCCUCUCCGAUUCCUCUGAUGAGAUCAGACACUUGUGUCGAGGGUUUUAAUUCCACGCUACUGAUUUCACGAUAGCUCUCCUGCAAACUCGCAAUCACCAGGUAGUUGCUGCUUGUUCACAUGAUUCUGUCAAAGAAAACGUCUGAGUAUAGACUUUCUUUCUUUUUGUACUGAGGGGUAAAGUAAACGGGGCCAAAUCGGAGCGUCAGAGCUCACCGGUGCUCAGAGCAGCCGUAUUCCUGUGCCUACUGCUCGGCUGAAUGCUUCCCUCGUGACUGUUUGGACACACACUGUGGGGCGGGGCGGGGGGGCAGUCGUCUGUAGAGUUUGGCUCGAUCUGUUGCGUGUUUGCCGGGGGGGGGGGUGUUUGGGGUUCCCCACCAUUGUCUGCUCACUCUUUAUUGAAUGUAAUUUCACCACUGUGUGGCCACAAGGAGCUCGAUCAGUGCAGCGCCGUCUCCUCAGUGCAGGAUUAUUCCUUCUGUCAUGUAACUUCCUGCUGUAAUCGUCUCAUAUUUUCUCCCCCGAAUCCUCUAAUAUUGGUUUGUGGCCGAGUGGAGAUGACUGCAGAGGAGGAAUUUAAAUUUGCUUUGUCUAGGGAGCAGUUAUUUAUGUUUACAGGAGAAUUAGGGCCACAUCUGCGACGAGCUCUGGAGGUCGGCUGGUGUUUGUUGCUGUAGAUAGAAGCGGUCGGUCGGUUCGGCCGGUCGGUCGGUGGAAAAUCUUGCCUAAAUCAGAGAUUUUUUACUACUAGUUGUGCUAUUUUAACAAAAUGUGCUCGUGCCAUUGGUUUGUGGUUUUGAUAUAAGAUGUGAAAAACGUGUUCGGACAGAAACGUUACUGUGAAUUGUCUUAUGAAUAACAGGGAAGAGGAUGGCUUAUAGUCGCGUUGGUUAGAGUAGUGCGUGCGUAGAUGAUUCUGGGGUUGGUAUCAUCCAAAAAAAUCUGUCAGUAAUAGUACAAAAUAAAAAAAAAGUGUCAUAACUGUGGCCAAAGUUUUUAAUACGUAAAAAAAACCUCCUUCCUGUCGUGUUAUUUUAUAUUAAAAAAACGGACAUAACUGUAUAUCAUGAUGACAUUCUUUUCUUUUUGUUUAUUUGUCCUUCGAUAGUGAAAUAUAAGGAAUACUCCGAUAGAUCGUAGUAACGACUAAUUCAGUGAAUUACACGCGUGGCAAAAGUACUUCAUCACAUUGAUGCAAAAAAAAAAAUCAGGCAAAAAUUCCCGAGUAUCGUCAAAAAAAUAAGAAGCAGAUUUGCAGCAUCUUCCACGACUUCCUGAAGAUACUGAAGAUGCAGUAGGAGCGGUACAGAUGUACAACAUGACAACACAGUGUAUGCUGUACUUCUGUACGUAUACUGUAUAUACAUGUGUAUAUUAUUAUCAUUAUUAUUAUUAUUGUAAUUAAGGCAUUAAUUAGGCCUGGUUUACACCGGACACUCCCUGCUGCGUCCUGUCAUGUUUUCAGUGCCCAUAUUUACAGAUUAGAGCAUCGGUCUCAAACUCAGAAGACCUAAUCUGGACAUGAGCCGUACAAGGUUUAUAUUUCAGACUGACACUAUGGAUCCCAAGUGGGUUUUUCCAUUGGUUUCCAUGGCGGCUCCAGCCGUGUUCGGGCCUGUUGCCUAUGGAACCAUAUGGGACCUGCAUGAUUUGCCCACUAAGUGCACUUACCAGGCUACAUGAUUGGGUACUAUAAGGCUUGAAGUGGGCAAACACAGGUGGUGCCACCAUGGAAACCAUGGACAAACCCGCUUGGGGCCCAUAUUGGCAGCCCCAAUAUAAUCCUUGUGGGGCCCACAUGGACAUGCUGGUUGUGGUCGAGUGGGAAAAAAAGUGGAAAAUGAUGUCAUGGUAACGCAAUAAAAGUAUCUGUAAUGCUAGAUAUUUCCCAGAAUUCAACACAAUAAGUGUCUGUGUUGAUAUGGAAGAAUAUACAGUUAAAAAAAUACAGUGAAAUUAAUCUGUGAUGAAAGGAAACAAACAUCAUUUUAACUUGAUAUGAAGUGGCGGGCCACAUGAAAUCGAUUGGAGGGCCACAUGUGGGCCGCGGGCCGCGAGUUUGACGCGCGUUUCAUGCUUUAUUGUUGUUUUUUUAAAUAAAAUGUGGUGUCUUGCCUGUUUUUCCUCGCGCGGUUUCCAGCACAAACAUGUGUGAGACGCAGCAGCGGCGGCAGCGACGCACACGCCACGUGUGUCUGUCUUCUUACUGACGUUUGAUAUCCAGCCCCAGUUUCAGGUUUUAGAGGAUUAGGCUUUUGUGAGCAUGUCUUUAAGAAGGAGAGGGGGAAAAAAACCGCAGGUUCAAGGAGUCAUUUUCAGGUUUUGACAUAAUAACUAAAUGUGUUUAGUGCUUGUGAUUGUAACACACUGAAGGUGCGUAAAAAAACCCCCGGGACAUUAUUCUUAUUACUGUACAUGCGUGUUUCUAAUAACUUCACCAGACGCACAGCAGAGCAUGCACGUGGAGAUCAGGGCUAAGAGUCUGAAACUGUCUGUGCUGUGACUGUGCCGACCAUCGCCAUCCAUGUUGUGGGAGGAGAUUGUACUACAUAUUUUCUUUCAUUAAAUGGUGUUAUUAAGGAUUUCAAUGCAUGAUUGUGUGUGUGUGGGGGGGGGGGGGAAUCAGAUCUUUGGCGGCAACCUGAGUAAGCGUGAAUCCCCCGCGGUAUCUUUGUCUCUGUUUGUGGCGCCAAAUUCCUCCUUUUUAAUUAAAGUCUUGGACCUCUCUCUCUCUCUCUCUCUCGGUGCUGCCGCCUGCUUAUGGGUGACACAUAACUUGAGUAUAAAGCAACCUUUUUAUUGCCAGUUUUUAAUUCAGGACGUUGUUGUGACAUUGACACAACAGUGAGGUGAGAAAACGCGUUCGGAGACACUGGAUGACAUUUUUAAUUCUUUAUUUCUUUGCCUCCGUCUCUCUGCUCUUUUCCUCCCAUGCGUUGUUUUUAUUCGAUAUUGUGGGAAUGGCUGCAUCGCACACUGCCUCCGAAGGAUUGUUUGUCGAAGGGGUUGAUUUGAUUUGAUUGUUUUGUUUUAGCUACAGUUCCCCCGCUGCAGCCGCCUGCAGUGACCCCUGAGUGAGGAAACUGGGGGGGAAGAAAGAAGACGCAUCCACACCUGAACACACUUAGUGAAGAGUGAAGGUUGUGUUUCACUCUCAAACAGCCUUAGGGUGUUCUUCUUGACUUUGAUUUGUCAGUGAAUUCUCUUCUUCCUACUUGAAUUAAUAUUUUAAAAAAAAAAAAGAAAA